GGGCAGCCCCGACUGCAUUCAUUACUGCUGCUGUGCCGGAUCGCAACCCUGUGGUACAGGGAGCCCGCAAUGCUGUCUCCCGCUCUGUGACCCUGGACUGAGAGCUUCGCAUCCACUCCGCACACAGACUCCCUCUGGCCUGAGGGGUGACCGUACACUCCACACCUCGGGACAACAUGCCAGCCUUCCCUCACUCCGCCCGGCCGACAAGGGAGAAGUUGCCCUGGUACGGACUAUGGGUUCUGGUGCUGCUGAUGGAACUAUCCUGCGUGCUCUGCUGCCCGGACAAGUGCAGCUGCAAAGUUGCGGGCUCACUGUGGUGCAUCAAGACGGGCCUGUCCGCCAUGCCCCAGCGCAUCCCGCCAACAACCUCCAGCAUCUACGCCUUCGAGAACGCCAUCGCCACACUGCGCAGCGAGGACUUUGCUGGCCUCCACGAGCUCAGGCUUCUCCACCUCUCACACAACAAGAUCUCGCGGCUGCCCCAGCAGGUCUUCCAGCCUCUCACCCUCCUCUCCAACCUGGACCUGAGCUCCAACCAGCUGACUGAGAUUGCCAACGACACCUUCGCCGGUCUGAGGGACCUGGAGCGCCUGUACCUGCAGAAGAACAGGAUCGCCCAUAUCCAUGCGGCUGCCUUCCAGGGCUUGGUCAGGCUGGUGGAACUCAAGCUGCAGGACAACCAGCUCCACCGCAUCCCACCGCUGCAGCUGCCCACUCUCCUGCUCCUGGACCUUAGCAGGAACAGCAUCCCGGCUACCCAGUUCAGCUCCAUCUCCUUGCCCGAGCUGGAGUUGCUGGGCUUGGCGGGCUUGGGGCUGGGCACCAUGGACGAGGGGAUGUUCGGGGGCAUGGGGAGCCUCCAGGAGCUGGACCUCUCGGACAACCAGCUGGUGGGCGGGUUGGCUGCGCUGCAUGGCCUGGGAGGAUUGACCUCGCUCAGCCUGCGAGGCAACAAGCAAAUAUCCCAGCUGCGGAGCCACGACUUCCAGCAGCUCAGGGGCCUGCAGAAGCUUGACGUCAGCGGCCUGAGUCUCACCACCAUCCCCCGGGACUUCCUGGACCUCUUCCCCAAACUCCGCAGCCUGGCCGCUGCCGAGAACCCCUACAACUGCGUGUGCCAGCUGGGCUGGCUGGUGAAGUGGGCACGGGCCAAUACACCUCUCCUCCAGAGGCGCGACGAGACCCGCUGCCACUUCCCGCCAGCCUUAUCUGGCAGACCUCUGGUGGGUCUGUCUCUGGGGGACAUGGGUUGCCCCACCACCAGCUCCCCCGUUGGCCGAACCACCACCACCCCCUGGCACCCACCCACCACGGGGACAAUCCCGACGCUGGGUACCGGCCCAACGUUGGCACAGGGCCGAUCUUCACCCUUCGGGGGCAGGGUGACCCCUGGAGCCACUGAAACCGUGGGCAUCGAGAGGGAGAGAGCCUGCCUGCCCACGGACUGCCUCAACGGUGGCACCUGCCAGACAGACAGGAGCGGGCACAGGGUCUGCCAAUGCCAAGCUGGUUUCCAUGGGGACCUCUGCCAGAUGGGGAACAAUGUUCUCGAUCUCCAAAGUCCUGACAAAAGGCUGGUCAACAUCAGUCACAUAACCAGCACGUCCAUUACACUGGAGCUGGCUGCUUUCAGACUGUCCCCCGUCUACUACAAGGGCCUGCGGCUGACCUACAGGAACUGGUCGGGCCCCGACCCGCGGCCCGUCUCCCUCAACAUCCCCACCUCCCUGCAGGCCUACAGCAUCCGGGGACUGCGGCCCAACUCCACCUACCAGCUGUGCGUGGGGGCGCUGGGGGAGAGCGAAGCCAGUGAGGGGCCCUGCACCGUGGUACAGACCCUGCCCGCCGCCGAGCUGGCUCCCUUCGUCCACGACCUGGCCCCGGGGCCGAGCGGGGUACUCUGGCCGGCCCUGGCUGGCACGUUACUGAUCGCGCUACUGGCCACCACUGCCCUUUGCUACUACCACAGAAAUCUCAUCAAGAAAAGCUCAACACCAGGACAGGACCUGGAGGGGAUCAGGCCCUGUCUCCAGGAGGGGCCCACCCCCCCCGAUGAGUCGAAGGAAGCGGAGUGCCUCGCUCUGCAGAGCGGACUGUCCUUGAUCCAAGAGCCCGAAAGCAACGGUCCCAUUGCCUUAUGACCCUCAGUUCCAGGCCUGAACUCAGCUGUGAUACUCUGCUUCAACCAAAGCCCACCGCUGGGGGCCACAUGCAUGGCCUCCCACUCCAAGUAUAUCCAGCAACUUCCGGGCCUAGUUAAUCCAGUCCGGGAUUUCCAUGUCACACACUGCAGUCCAGGGUCCUGAUGAAAGUCAAGUCACAAGGAGGGAUUCGGACUUCCAAUGCAUGGCUGUAUAUAUCACUGUGGCCACCCUUUCCAUUCAGACACCUCUCAGCGUGCAUCAAUAUGUGGCUUCCCAUGGCCUGUUGCACGCCAGCCCUGGCCAGUACUGACCAAUAUAAACUUGCCCUGGAGGACGCAUCACCCUUCCCCAAGGGUGCCACUGCAUAAGCCCACCCAUUAACUACUGUAAAUUGCCGCACACACAUUGUAUAUAUUUGGAAGCAAAUAAAUAUUUUUCUACAGAACA